AUGAGAAGAGUUAGAAACUGCGAUGUAUUUUGUGUAUAUAUUGAUCUGGAGACUAGUGGACAGAGUACGAACGGAAUUGAGAAUAUGAUGUCCAGAGCAGGUGCCAGUUUUGCUGUUUUCAACAAGCAAUUGGACGCUGAUCUUCAUGCGCUCGUUGCGGAAGCACGCAGGCGUAAUUCCGAGGUUAAAGAAGCCAGCCACAAGUCUAUAGAGAUAUUAAAGACCAUUAAGACCAUCAAUGACUUAGAGAACCAUCCGGACUUUGUGGUCCCGUUUGCGCUAGCGUGCAAGACCAAGAAUGCUAAGAUGACCACAAUUGCGAUGCAAUGCCUACAAAACAUGGCUUCAACAAGGUGUAUUCCAGAGAAAAGGAUGGAUAUGAUAUUAGAUGCGUUUAUCGAAGCUACACAACUUGCCAUGGAUAUACAAUUGAAAGUGUUGCAAUUGGUCCCUAUUUUUUUCAAAACAUAUUCCAGUUAUCUGAAAGGUGGACUAUGUAAGAAGCUACUGUACUGUUGCACUUCCCUUCUCAGAGUUCCAAAUAAGGCUCCUAUUGUGGCCGGGACUGCAAGUGCUACUUUACAACAAUUAAUGGACGAGAUUUUUGAUAGACUAAGUGACAAAACUUUAGAAAGUAACAACGAUGAGGAUGAAGACUUCGAAGUUCUAGUAAAUAACAAUGACUUCAUUAAAGUAAAUGCCUUUAGAUACGAUGCAAAUUUGGUAUUUUCCAAUUUAUGCUCUAUAGUGGACACUAAAUCCACCGAGAAAACGGACAACUCAUUACUAGAUAUAACAGACAUCUCCACAGAUUUAGCGCUAGAAAUUUUGGAAUCCAUAUUACAAAAUGGCAAGCAAUUUUUAAUAGAGUACGAGGAUUUGCAAUUUGUAUUGAGGAUAAAAACAAUUCCAUUAUUGCUAAGGUGCAUGUCUAACUCUAAACAAUUCUCUACAGUUCUACGUUGUUUCAGAUGUAUUCGGCUACUAAUCGACAAAGAGUUCUUAAUGAUCAUCGAAUUAGAAUUAGAGGUCAUGCUUUCUAUGAUUAUACAUAAUUUAUCUCUCGAUUCCUCAAUUUUGCCCUGGCAACGAGUGCUUUCAUUAGAAAUAUUCAAUGAAAUUUCACAAAACCCUACAAUGCUGAAUGAUCUGUAUGAUAUCUAUGACAAGUAUGAGGAUAAAAAACCAAUAUUACACAACUUUUUGACUCAGUCUUAUCAUAUCCUCCUCUCAGAUGAUUUUAAGGACUACAUUGGCUAUUCUAGUGUAAUCGAGAAAAUUGAAAUGCCAUUGAUAAGUAAUAAUUCUUUUCAAACCAAAAACCAGUAUAUGCAAAUGUUAGACAAAAAUACUGCACCAAAUGUCAAUAUAACCUAUAUUAUAUGGCUGAUUGUGAAUUGCACUAACUGUUGGUCAGAGAAAUUAAGUUCACAAGCUGUGGCACUAACCGAGAUUGAAAAUAAAUCUCUAAGGAACACUACGAAAGACCAACUACAUGUUACACUAAAUGGAUUAUUUGAAAAUCUAUUCAACAUACAUACUUUACUUUUGCAGUCUUCCACAAUUGAUACAACUAUCUUUCAUAAUAUAGUACGUGCAUUCCAAAAAUUAACCCAUUGCGCUGGUAUGCUCGGAGAGGUCUCAAAAGUUGAUAGAUGUCUAGACUAUUUCAGAAAAGCUAUCAUUACCGUGGAACAUGCAAGCAAUACAGAAAAAGAUUUAAAGGUAAACGCACCUUCACAUAUAAGAAAGUCAUCCGGCUCUGCAAUGUUAAGCACACUGAGUGAAUCAAUUGUUGGUCCAGAUUUGAAUAAGGAUAUCCAAAAAGAAAACGACAAUAUCCAACUUUACCCACAGAGCAUAAACAGCAAACAGGUAAGUCUAUUUAGAGCUUUAACCUCCUUAGCCAUAUCAUUGGGACCAAACUUCAGUGCUAAGAGCUGGUAUUUUCUUUUUACUGCAUGGAACUGGGUUUAUUAUUUUAUAUAUGGACCUUCCAAUGAUAUUUUGAACAGUCUAAACAUUGAUGAGGAAUUCAUAUCUCACGACCUAUCACGAAAUGAUCUUGCAUCUAUUGAAAAUACGAUACAUUCUUUCCAUGAUGCCACUAAGUCUUACCCACUUCAAACAUUGAUAAUUAUGCUAACCGAACUAGAAAAGUUAUCCGAUUUAACUCUUAAUCUAAAUCCUAAAGAUCAAGUAGGGUAUCAACCAUUUUUUAAUAACUCUGAAUUUUCGGUGGCUAUUUAUAAUCCAAGUUUUUUCAUUUCCGAGAUAGCAGAGUUAACAUCAUCCAAUAUGUCACGCAUACUUGCUAGCACCAAGACGAGCUCAUACUGGGAUAAAUUCAUAGAUUACAUGGUAUCUCAAAUGGCUGAUAGGAAGAGAACUUUUGCGUUGAGAUUAUACUGUAGCCAUGUUAUUGCCAGCGUAUACAAAACAUGCACAAAUGAAAUAUAUGAGAUUGAAGAUACUAAUCUAAGAAAAACUUGCUUCACCAAAUAUGAACAGAUUUUUACAUCUUCAUUGAAUAGAAUUAUGGCAUCCAUAGAAGUGUUAGAGGUGAACAAAUUAAACAUUCUGAAUGAAAAUUUGAAUACCGAAGGUGAUAUCAUUUUUCAGGUAUUAAACACAUUAAAAGAACAACUAAAUGAAUUUGGCGACAUGAUAUCAGAUUCAUGGGUUACUGUUUUUAGUAUAAUCAAUAGUCCAUUUAGAUGGAUUGAUUCAAAUAUCAGUACACUACUACAAGAUGAUUCCGACGAUUUAUCACUCAUAGACGGUAUCAUAAUGAAACAGAAGAAUAUGAUACAAGUUUCAUUUGAUGUUUUUAAGCUAAUUACUGAUGACUUUUUGAAGAACCUACAUCUUAAUGUCAUACCCGAUGUAAUUGAUACUAUCGUCGCAUUCGUUAAUCAAGAAAAGAUACUGAAUGUAUCUUUCUCAUCAAUAAGUCAAUUUUGGCUAGUAGGAGAUUAUUUAAGAUCUAACUAUUCUGCAGACAUAGAAAAGUUCAGAACUGAGUGUGAUGAUUAUUUCACACAUCCAUCCGAAAACAAUGCAGAGUUUAUAAGGGCCAUAAAAUCUCCAGAAUCAACCAUCUCUCAAAAGUACUAUGGUAUUUGGCUAUACUUAUUAAAAAAUCUAUUAUUUUGCUCAUUAGAUAAGCGAAAUGAAGUUAGUGUUGGAGCUAUCCAAACAUUCUUCAGGAUUAUUGAUUCCCACUCCUCUACCUUUCCUUCCUGGCAGGCCAUAUUCAAUAAUGUUCUCUAUCCAUUUUUGAACACUGAACGUUCUGACGAACAACUACAAACAAACCUAGAUUGUUUGAAUGUUACCCUAAAGGGCCUCGUACAACUCUUCUCGCAAAAGUUUUCAGAUUUUGACGAGUAUAAUAAAAAUGCUGCCGAGUGGUCUGCUCUUUUACAGCUCUUUAUAAAGUUAUUACAAUGCCCAUCCACAGGUGUAAGAUACGUUACUAUCAAAAAUUACGGUACCAUUGUGACAGAAUUAUGUACUAAAGAGAACAUUCCGACUAAUUUGCUAGACUUAUGUGCAACAAUUUGGACAGAUUAUAACAUUGGCUAUAGUGACUUCGGUAAUUCUUCACAACUGAGUGAGAAGACAGAUUAUGAUUGUAUUUCUGAGCUUCUGUUAUCAUUUCCCUCAUUGUGUACUAUGAUCGACAGUGUCAAAGAUGAUAAUAAUGUAUUUUAUGAGAAAAGUAUGAGCUUGUUGCUGUCUGCUGUUAAAUUUCCUCUUCUUCCAGAGCAUUCUAGGGAUCAAGCAAAACCGUCGACAUUGCAGAAUGCAGUAUUAGAGGGCAUGUCCUUGAUAUACACAAAGCUUAACAAGAACAAUAUAUUUGUUUACUUUGUUCAUCUUUCAAUGAUAUCUACCUUAUUAUUUGAUACCAGAGAUAAAAUUGAGAAAAAAUUAGCACCAAAGUUACACGAGAAUGCCAUUAGUAGAAUACCUACCUUCGAAGCACUUUCUUAUAAAUCGCUUCAAAUGUUAGAGAAACAAUUAUCGGAAUUGAAAUCUGCUGAACAACCAAGAAAUAAGUAUGUCCUAAAGAUAAUAAGAAAUUUGAGAGAAAUAAUAGUUUCUAAAAGCUUAAUCGAUCUUUCGACUGAUGGAUCAAGACCACUUUGGGUUUUAGCUUCCUCAUGUUAUAGGAGUUUUUUAGCAUGCAUUGAUAAUGUUAGCGAUUGCUUUGCAAAUGAUAGCGAAGGUCAACAAGAGUUUAUUGAGAUAUUCAUGUCCAUAUUCUUGACACCAUUAAGAAGAAGAGACACAAAAGUAGAUUCAAUGACUGAGAAAUCUGACUUAUCAGAAUUCGACCAAUACUCUCAGUUAUUCAAAAACAAAUCACUGAUGCCUUUAUUCACUUCUGACCACUAUGAUCUCUUGGUCAGAAACAUUUGGGAUGCAUCACUCAUAUAUGAAUUUGAUGAUAUUCAAAAGGCCAUCUUACAGGACUCAGGUGGUCCUAAAAACUGUGAAAAAAUUCUGAGUCACUUAAAUGACUUAGAGGUCUUUGGUUUAACACGAACACAAGACACACUGAGUAAGGUCUCAUGUUCUAAAAGAUGUCUCCAGGAGCUAAUAUCAUUUGCUCUGCUUGAUGAUAAAGAUAUGAGUGAGCUAAAAUACUUGACGUUCCCUUAUAUUGUGUCAAGGAUCUCACUACUUCUAGGGAAGUAUAUAUCUGACGAAUUCUUGAGUGGGAGCGCACCAAUACCAAAGCUGAGAGGGGAGGAGAUGAAUAUUUUAUUGAAUGGAUUAUUAAAAUUGCUUGAUAAUCUUCUGCGUUCUAAAGUCCCCAUUUCAAAAGAGGUCGAAUCUUUGGCUCACUUGUACCCACUUGUACUAAGAACAAUCCCAGUAUCGCAUAAACUAACCGGACUUCAAAACACAGUGCUUGAAUUAUCCCUGAGUUUUACGAAGUUAAUAUCUGCCAGUUCACACCAACCUUGA